AUGAGCUCCUGUCCAGAGCAGGCAGACAGCACGGAAGAAUGCAAGCGCGGAAGGCGUGCUCUCAACGGCAAGGAGCUCUCAGUUGGCGAACUGAUGCCUGGCAAUUGGCAUUUAGCGGGGGCGACUUCGUCGUUUGGCAAGGGCAUGGCAGCCUUUGGGUUGGCAUGUGGAGGAUCUGUACAGAGCCGCAAGAACAAGCGCUCUUCGUCAUCGUCCGCGUCAGCGAGCGCCUCAGCGGCCGCCUCGGCGACUGCGUCCGUCGCGAACUCGUCCAUGCUCGGCGCGGCGCCGAACAAGAACCAGAAGCUGGCGCACGAGGGCGCAGCGCAUGACCUGAACCUCGCGUUCCCGCACCACCAAGGCGGGAUGCAGGCGCAGGCGGAUUACAUGGCGUUCCCGAGCCUGGAGAGCAGCAGCAUGUGCAACCCCGGCGGCGGCGCAAUGGCGGGCAAUGGCGCCCGGGCCGGUGGCGCGCUCUCCGCGAUGGAGCUGCUCCGGAGCACCGGCUGCUAUAUGCCGCUGCAGAUGCCGAUGCAGAUGCCCGGGGAGUACGGCGCCGCGGGGUUCUCGCUCGGGGAGUUCCGCGCGCCGGCGCCACCGCAGUCGCAGAGCUUGCUAGGCUUCUCGCUGGACGCGCACGGUCCGGUUGGCGGGGCUUCCACGGCGGGGUACGGCUCCAGUGCCGGGAUGCAAGGGAUGCAGGACAGGUCGGGCAGGUUGCCGUUCGCGUUCGAGGACUUGAAGCCGACGGCAAACUCUGGCGCCGGUGGCGGUGAGAGCGGUGGUGGUUCUGGCGCAGGCGUGGAUGGCGGCGACCAUCAGUUCGAGCCAGGCAACAAGGAGCAGCAAGGCAACGGCACCCCCGUUGGGCAGCCCGACACGCCGGGGUUCUGGAACGGCAUGAUCGGCGGCGGCGGCACCUGGUAACAUGGACGGCGGCGCCCAUGCAUGCAUAGCUCAUGCGAUCGGAGCGUCGGCUGUGCGUGUAUGCAUGCGCUUCCAAGCUGCAGCUGGAGAUAGGGCACAAAGGUUUAAUAAGAUGGUGGAUAUGGUGUUUGAUAUC